GGGGGCCUGGACCACUGCACAGUCUUCACUGACAGAGCUAAUCUCUCAGCAAAUGCACCCUUUCCCCUUUGGCUCUUCCCAAAGGAUUAGCGUUCAACUAGUGGUUCUGCACUGCUAUAGUAAUCUGUAAUCGUUGUGGGUAUUAGGGUUUUCAUUUUUCAGUAUUCAUCUUCUAUAUUCGGAUUUUUUGCAAUCCUCCACUGUGAUUAUAUUCGUGUCCUGAGGGUACAAGUGGGUUGCGGCUGAUAAUGGACGGUGAGGAGUUGACAGAGCAAGAGACUGCUUUGUAUGACCGCCAGAUUCGUGUAUGGGGUGUUGAUGCGCAGAGAAGGUUGAGCAAAUCUCAUAUUUUGGUCAGCGGAAUGAAAGGAACUGUUGUUGAGUUUUGCAAGAAUAUUGUUCUUGCUGGAAUUGGUAGUUUGACCCUGAUGGAUAACAGGCUGGUCACAGAAGAAGCCCUUUCUGCAAACUUCUUAAUUCCUCCUGGUGAUAAUAUGUACAGUGGGCAUUCUCUUGCUGAACUUUGCUGUGAUUGCUUGAGAGAUUUCAAUCCAAUGGUCCAUGUUUCUGUGGAGAAAGGUGAUUUGUUGAGCUUUGAUGAAGAUUACUUUGACAAGUUCGAUGCUGUAGUUGUCAGUUGUUCCUCUUUUACAACUAAAAAAAUAAUCAAUGAAAAAUGUCGGAGGAGACCUAAGCAGAUUGCUUUUUAUACUGUUGAUUGUAGAGAUGCAUGCGGUGAAAUAUUUGUUUAUUUGCAGAAAUAUGACUAUAAGCAGAAGCAGCCUGAUGAUACCGUUGAUUGCCAAUUACAGUACCCAAGUUUAGAGGAAGCAGUUACAGCACCUUGGAGAUCACAUCCCAAGAAAGUGACAAAGCUUUACUAUGCCAUGAGAGUGAUAGAAAAGUUUGAAGACUCUGAGGGUCGUAAUCCGGGUGAAGUCUCAGUUUCAGAUCUCCCUAGUGUUUUGGAGAUGAGGAAUGAACUCUGCAAGGCACAGUCCUUGAAUGAAUCACAUGUACCAGAUGGUCUCCUAGAAAGAUUGCUGCUGGCAGGUACAAGUGAAUACCCACCUGUUUGUGCAAUCAUUGGGGGGAUUCUUGGCCAGGAGGUCAUUAAAGCAAUAUCAGGCAAAGGCGAUCCUCUCAAGAAUUUCUUCUUCUUUGAUGCCAUUGAUGGGAAAGGCAUAAUAGAGGACAUAUCAACUCCAGCCACUGGAAGCUGAGCAUCUCCUAUCAGUGAGUUUCUUUUGCAUUUACAUGUUCCAACUCCAGGAAUGCCACAUUUCUAGAUAAUAGAUUUGUCUGUAGAUAUGGUCCAACGCCCCACAGUUUGAAAGUGAUGUUUUAAAGGGUAUUCAAGAUUAAUGUAAUGGAAUUCAUACUAAUUUAUUCGACCGACCAUGACGUAGUUUCAAUAGUCAGGAUGCAGGACUAGUGAUCAUCUUUUGUGGAACUGCUGUAUUAUUUGAGUUUGAUUUUGAAUGAUCAUGUUACUCCCAACUUAUAUGUUGGUUUGACUGUUAAAUUCUAACUUGCAUUACAUGAAUCAAUGCUAUUAUGUGCAUUUCGCUUGUUAUA